AUCAUUCAUUUCUGUUUACCACGAGAGAAAAAUCGUAGUUCCUUUGCAAAGUCGCAUCAAACGAACCAGUCAACAAGAACAGGACUGUAUUAGUGAAGGUCUGAGCGGGAGCCGCGCUUGGGCGAGGGGAGCGCACUUGGUUGUAUUGCGUAUAGCGAGAUUGAGAAAGCGCGGCACGCAAGAGGCGCAGAGGGGAUGGCAGGAGGAACCGAAACAUCUUCAGAAUUGCCCAACAGAUAGGAAACCAAGCGAGCCACGGGCAUCUGAACCUUACGGUCCCGUGAAUAACAAGGAGCCUUAAUGGCUGUUACACUUGCGAUUCAGAGCUGAGAAGAGUUGUCUGAAGCCACUACAGUGUCUUACAGCCGCACACGCAUAACCAAACGUUCGAGCAUCCCCCUUUGAAUGAUCACCAGAUUAGUGCUUUCAUCUUUAGCAGUUACUGUGACCCUUUCGCGCACAAGACUGUCGGUGUAGAUGGAAGUGCUUAUACUUUGAAGGCCAACACACAUCAGCCAACUGGGGCUGCUGCAGGAGUUCAGAGAGUCAGAGUGAGGACAACACAGCAGAGCAGAGGAAUCUACUACAAAAGAGCAGGAGGGGAAACGGAGGAAAGGAGAGGAAGAGAAGCAAGACAGAAAAGGGAAAGAUGGACGCCAGCGGGCUGGAUCAGUCAGCCACUGUGGAGGAGCUGGUGGAGGCCUGCAUCAAUGCGUUUGAUGAACAGGGCUCCCUGAAGGACGCGUCACUCGUGAAAAUGUUCCUGAUGAUGCAUCCCUGGUACCUCCCUUCCUCUGAGCUGGCCAGGAGGCUGCUGCUGAAGUCUCAGGAGGAGAACAGCUCAUCCAAAUUCAGGACUCAGAUCUGUCACCUGGUCAAGUACUGGAUCUCAGAGUUUCCCGCAGAGUUUGAUUUGAAUCCUGAGCUGGCUCAGAACAUCAGGGGCCUGAGGGACCUCCUGUCCCAGGAAGGUGACAAGCGUAGCAGUCGUCUGAUCGACAUCGAGAGCGUGCCUUCCUAUGAGUGGAAACGUCAGGUAACGGAGCGCACCCCCUCUGCCACCAAGAAGAGGAAAGUGUCUCUGCUGUUCGAUCACCUGGACUCCAGCGAGCUGGCGGAACACCUCACCUACCUGGAGUAUGAGAGCUUCUGCAAGAUCCUGUUCCAGGACUACCACAGCUUUGUGAUGCAUGGCUGCACUGUGGAUAACCCCAUCCUGGAGCGCUUCAUCACCCUGUUCAACAGCGUGUCCCAGUGGAUCCAACUAAUGGUCCUCUCCAAAACCACCGCCCCCCAGAGAGCCACAGUCAUCUCCCACUUCAUCCAGGUGGCCCAGAGGCUGCUGCAGCUGCAGAACUUUAACACCCUGAUGGCUGUGAUCGGUGGCCUGAGCAACAGCUCCAUCUCCAGGCUGAAGGACACGCAGGCGCACAUCAGCAGUGAGACCCGCAAGGCCUUCAGCAGCCUGACGGAGCUGGUGACGUCAUGCGGGAACUACAGCCAGUACCGGCGGCGCUUCUCCGAGUGCACCGGGUUCCGCUUCCCCAUCCUGGGGGUCCACCUGAAGGACCUGAUCGCAGUGCAUGUGGCGCUGCCCGACUGGGCCGACCCGGGGAAGACGCGGGUCAACCUGGUGAAGACCCAGCAGCUCUACGCCAUCCUGCAGGAGCUGGCGCUGAUCCAGACCACACCCCCCAACAUCGACGCCAACACCGACCUGCUCAACCUGCUCACGGUGUCCCUGGAUCAGUACCACACUGAGGAAGAGAUCUAUCAGCUGUCCCUACAGAGGGAACCUCGCAGCCUCAAACCUGCUGCUUCUACCCCCACCCCCAGCCUUGAGUCUCCGCCCUCUGUGAUGGAUGAGUGGACAUCGUCGGUGAAACCGAAAGCCGACCCCACCGUCAUCAGCAAACACAUCGAAAAGAUGGUGGAGUCGGUGUUUCAAAACUUCGACACGGAUGGAGACGGGUACAUUUCCCAGGAAGAGUUCGAGAUCAUCAGGAACAACUUCCCCUAUCUCAGCAAGUUCGGCGAGCUGGAUAAGAAUCAGGAUGGGCAGAUCAGCCCAGAGGAGAUGAUUGAGUACUUCACGAAGGCCAGCUCCCUGCUUAACUGCAAGAUGGGCUUCGUUCACGCGUUUGCUGAGAGCAGCCAUGUCAAGCCUGUGUUCUGUCAGCACUGUGCUGGCCUUAUCUGGGGCUUUUACAAGCGAGGAUACAAGUGUAAAGCGUGUGGUGUGAACUGCCACAAGUCCUGCCGCAGUCGUCUUUCUGUCGAGUGCCGCAAACGAACAAAGAGCAUCAGUCACGAGGCCCCCGCCCCCCCCCCGACCCGAUCCUACAGCUUCCCGCCUCCAGCCUCACUCCCCUCCGACCUCGAGAGCACGGAUACCCUCCCACCAAACCUGCAGAACACAGUGAUCGCAGAGGAAGACAUUGAAGGUCUCGAGGAUGAAGUCUUUGAUGUUCGCCUCUGAUCUGCUCAUGAUUGCCUGUCAGCAGGGAGACUGACGCAGCAGCCGUGAAGCGGGUCAACCUGCACAGGUGUCAGGCAGUGACCGGUGACACCGUGGGAGGACAACCGGAAUGACCUCUGCCCUCGUCUGAACGGCCACGCUUUCAAAAUAAAAGUCCUCUCGCCCUGUGGUCACGUUCCUUUACGUGCGCGGGUCGAGGACCUAGACCCCUUCGGCAUUUUGUUUGUGAUUGAUCCCCCAUCGGGGUUUUGUUUCCAAACACCCGGUGCCUCCCUGGCGAGGUUCCCUGGCAGGGUGUGUCGUGAGUUCGGCAGCCCUGUUGGUGCCAGUAACGUGGUGUGUAGACAUUUUUAACGUCCUUCCGGUCUUGUGUUUUCUGAGUUGGCUUUGCUUUUGUUUCAUUGCAUGAGGGUCUGUCAUUUGAUCUGUGAAACCGUUCUCUUCAGCUCUCAGAACUAUAAAAAGCAGCCCUGAA